AUGUCAAAAACAGUCAAGGAUCUCACCGCGGGCACCGCUGGGGGCAUCGCCCAGGUGCUAGUUGGGCAGCCGUUUGACAUUGUCAAGGUGCGGAUGCAAACCGCGCCCGCGGGAACGUACAAGGGCAUGAUGGAUUGCGCGACCGGCAUUCUCAAGAACGAGGGCCCGCUCGCAUUCUACAAGGGCACCCUAACACCCCUGCUCGGUAUCGGCGUUUGCGUCUCCAUCCAGUUCGGCGCCCUCGAGUCGACAAAACGCUACUUUGCGCAACAAAACUUGCGGAACGGGCGGGGAGGACCGGAUGGAAUGACCCUCUCCAGUGGCCAACUCUUCCUCGCUGGCUCGGUGGCCGGUGUUGCGAAUGGAGUUGUCUCAGGACCUGUCGAGCAUAUCCGCAUUCGGCUACAAACGCAAUCUGCGGCCAACCCGGUCUACGCCGGUCCUCUGGACGCUAUCAAGAAGAUCUCCAGGCAGCACGGGAUUGCGGGUAUCUACAAGGGCCAGGUCGUCACCCUCUACCGCGAGGCUCUCGGCUACGGCAUCUACUUCUGGGCGUACGAGAAGCUCAUGCAGCGCGAGCUGGCGAGCAAGGGCAUCCGCCGAGACCAGGUCAAUCCCGCGAACGCGGUUCUCUUCGGGGCCGCCGCGGGCUACGCUCUCUGGGCCAUCAUCUACCCCAUCGACAUGAUCAAGUCCCGCAUGCAGACCGACGGCUUCUCCGCGGCGGACGGGCAGAAGUACAAAUCGACGCUCGACUGCGUCCGCACCGUGUGGCGGACGGAGGGCCUCGCCGCGUUCACCCGCGGUCUCGGCCCCACGCUCAUCAGGUCCCCGUUCGCGAACGGGGCGACGUUCCUUGGCUUCGAACUCGCUAGCCGGGUACUCAACAACCUAUGA